AUGGUUUUCGUGUGUCUCCUCCGAUUGAGAUGCUUCACAAAGGCAUACAGAACCACGUUUUACACUAUUCUACUGCAACAUGUAGGUCCUUAGGUUACUUCAAAAGUUUGUUUGAAAGUUUAGUGCAUCGCCGACAUCGUCGCCAUGCUCGUUUUCAUUGUCAUCUGGGGUCUCCGAAUGCUGCCGGGCCUCAAUCAAUUCUACUUUGAAUACCAAGAGUUCUACAUCGCCGCCGGCACCUACAACUCCAUUUACUAUUUUCUUUACAUCCGAUGCGCCGGAAUCGUCUUUCUUUCCCUCCACAGAUACCUUGUCAUCUCUGCGCCAACGCAUCGAUUAACCGCGAAGAUUCAAGAAGCUGCCACGUGGCAGAUUGUCGCCGUCUACUGGAGUGUUCCCACUCUGAUCAGUCUGGUUGUGCUCAAAGACACCGACUUCUAUUAUGAUUCACUGGAAACUAUGCAAGUGGUGGCGCCGAGAGAUGUGAUCACUGUGAGUUUGAACUAAACUUCAGAGCUGAGAAUUUCUUUCCAGCGAAACACUCUGAUGGCAUUGAUAAUAGUUGCUCUCACAUGCCUUGUCUGUGUCCUUUCUUACGUCGCUCUGUGGAUAUUCCUCCGAAAGAACACUGCAGGAUUCUCAAAGUACCGUAAAUACUGUUAACAUCUCAUGAGUCAGAAGAGAAUCAAAAAGUUGUCAACUGAUUGUGAACAUUUUAUUAGUUGACCACUUUUUGAUAUCUUUGCCGGCAGCUGAGAUACAUCGUGUUCCAGUGUCUCCAGAUCGCUCAAACGAGAAAUGCAUCUGGCAUUCCAAGUUCUGGCUCUCCUUUGCGCAUUUUUCGUGAUGUUUGUCUACUACAUUCUCCAGAAUUACUUCUCCCAAACGCAAAACGUACGUGAGAUAUCCAAGAGUUCUCACGGAAGUAAGUGCAGAAGGUUGUUUACAGGCCGGCCCCAUCUACACAAUGCGUGCUCUUUAUCCGAUCGCCAACGGCAUCCUCUCCUACAUCAAUCCGUUCUGCGUCCUUUUGCUCAAUCGCGACUUUGCCCGGCAGUUUGGGAGAACUCUCAAGUGUAAGGGAAUGAGAGUUGUGAGUGGGAACUGGGAAAGAAAGAAGAAAUGAUGGAAUGGGUUGCAGAGCGAAGUGCACAUCUCUACGAUCAACUCGAAUUCGGCUCGUCAAAGUUACAUUUGACUUCUACUUUUCAAUGAUGAAAAUAAAUGAAGUUCUUUUCGGAAUUCCAUGAUUCUCCCAUCGAAACCAGCUGAUCGGUCACAAUGACUCAGCCGAACAGCUGCUUUGCUGUUCUCCCCCUCCUGCAGAAUCUUCCAGACAUCUUCAUCGCAUACGGAGAGAAUUUGAAAAAACGGAGGGCGGAGAAGUAUUUGCCAUUCUGUCCAACUAACCGUCUUUCCUGCGAGCACGCGACAGAAAAAUUCGGCCAGAUUGCGAACAGCGCGCCCUUUCUGUCCGGUGCCCCAAUAACAGUCUCUGCUCCUGUUUGAAUUCGUAAAAACUAAUAAUUAUCUGCUGUCUUCGCAAAACAAAGCGCAAUUUUUCAGCGUAUCGACGAACAUUUCGCCGUUUUGCACGAAGGCGCCGCGGAUACCGAGACGCGUGCUCGAAGAAAAGGCGGUUAGUUGGACAGAAUGACAAAUACUUCUCCGCCCGCCAUUUUUUCAGAUUCUCUCCGUCCGCCAGUCGACGAAUGCGAGAAAGAUGUGGUGCUCUCGCUCAAAGGGGAUAGGCCUAUCAAAAUCAGCUGA